AACCACCGACCUCUCGGAUGAGAGGCCGACACGUUACCACUGUACUAGCCCAGAGGCUUACAAAACAUACAUAUCUUGGCAAGAUAUACUCAGCCCUUAGUUGAGUAAAAAUUUUGAUAGUGGUGGUGUGCCAAUGAUUAGUUACCACUAAUGCCAUUGUAGGUUGCCUUGGAUAGCUUUAGCAACAUAUUGUGCAGUAAAUGCAGUUCACAGACAACCCAUUGGAUUUGGGUGCUUCACUGCCCACAGAUGGCCCUAAAUCCAGGUAUUAGGCUUACUUGAUUGGCAACUCUUAUGGAUGUUUGGCUUGAAGGCCAGGCAUACAAACACAAACCUGCACACAAACUUUUGUGUGCAGGUCAUUACUCAUUGCCUUCCCUUUGCAUUAUUAUCAUCUCACUGUAAAGGCAUUUUCUGCUUCUUUGCCAUUUUCUGAGAUCCAUAUUUGUCACUUGAUAUGCUGUAUGAAGAUAGUGCAAAGGCAUUUUCUGCUUCUUUGCCAUUUUCUGAGGUCCAUAUUUGUCACUUGAUAUGCUGUAUCAAGAUGGUAAUUGAAUGCUUUCCUGGCACAGACUCCAUAUCCUCUCUCCAGGUAGUCUAUGACUGCAAUAACAAUAACAAGAAGUAACGUUGUUAAUUCUUACAGUAUGGAUGCACUUGCCAGAGACUAAGUCCCAACUCUGUCACAAAAUUUGUUAAACAAACUAAUUUUUAGCACCCUACACUUUAACAAGAUUGACAUUGAGAUGGCUGGGUGUACCCCCCAACACCCACCCAACAUACUUUACUGAAAUUCUGGAGCACUGAGUGGACCAAGGCUGUGAGCAUGGCUUCCUGUGACCUUAUUUGUAGCAGUACCAUUCAUGUCUGCAGAUUAUUUCUUGUACCAAUGACUGCAACUUUUUGUCUUUACAAGAAUUUAAUCUUCAAUUCACCCAAGUUUAGUAUGUCCAUGCCUUAAAGAUUUAAUGUAUAAUUUUGUUAUUUUUCAUUUUUUUGUAUUUUAGUUAUUUCCAUCAUGCCAGCCUUCCUAUGAAAUUCUCACAAUGGCAUUUGUCUGUCAUCCUGGCCCUCAGAUAAAUUUUUGCAUGACAGAAUAUUCACGUCACCUGGCCCUGAGGCCUAAUUUUUCCAUGCUAUAAUGGUCAUGUCACCCAAAUCCAAGGUGUUAAUUUAUUAUUAUCAGCAGUAUUCAGCUAUUAUAUACAUAUUUGAACACCAGCUUUGGAAUUGAGGGAAAGGGGAAAGGUGAAAGUGGAAGGAAAUAUUAAUAUAGUUAAAAAAAAGAGAGAGAAAAAAAAUUGUCUUGGGAAAGAAAAAAGGGGAAAAGAAAAGCAGAGACGAAAGAGAGAGAAGUGAUUGUUUAGAAUGUAUUUGCAUAACUGGUCAUAAUGAUUUAGGUAUGGUUUGAUUCUUGUCACUCUCAAGUACAGAUACAUAUAGGAAUUAUACCUCAGAAACCCCCCAGACCCCCACAUUCUAGGCCUCAAUAGCAUUGGAGGUCAUGGAAGAUACCAGGGAAAUUGAAGGGUAAAAUAACUAAUAUAAGAACAUGAUACAGACAGUAACUUGCUAUACUGCUAGAUUGAAGGGGCUGUGUACCCUGUGAUGCCUCCCUUUGGGAGCUGCUGCCCCACAACCCCUGUUCUGGACAAUAAAGAAUCCUCAUAUUCACAGCAGCAUAUGACCUUCAUGUGGGCGAACAUGAUGCCAUCUUCUUUGCGACUUCCAAAUUUCACUCAGCAAGCAUAUAGAUAUGGCAUUGCACUUUCUUGUAUCGGUGUUUUAAUUAACUGGCUUGGCGUAGCACAGCCCUAUAUUGAGCCUGUCCGGUACCUGGGUGUUGGGCUAGUGAUCAUAGGGUCUUUCCUCAUUAUUGCUGCUAUGUGUCGUUGGAUGUUUCUUUCUCCUAACCCAAGUACCGUCCAUGAGGUAAAUUCUGAAGGAACUGGAGAUCUUCAUGUAAUUACCGUCCCAAUGGGUCGUUCAAACACCCAUUCCCGUGCACCUGGAACCUCAACAGCAUCUCUGGGUAAACCACCAGAUUAUUUUUUAGUUGCAGAAAAACCCCCAAGUUAUGAAGAAGCUAUGUCCAUGCUACCACCUUGUAGAGCCAGUCAGUCAGGUGCUCUUCAGUUGAAUGCAGAUGGUGGCUUAGAGGACUUUCUUGCCCCACAUCAAGUACCAGAGAAUUAUCUUGAGGGUGCCACUGGAGGGGGCUCCCCACAGUCUCUGUGUCCCAGGUCUGAGAAUGUUCUGAAUGGAAGCCAAGAGAGUCCACUCAGCCCACCAUCCCCACCUCCUGCAUAUUCAAGCCAAAUGUCCCUUAGUGCCUCACCAUGCAGUAGUAACUAUAGCAACCAUACAUCACCUGAAAUGGAAAGUGGAAGCCAUAAUAUCUCAGUGAUAAGUAGGGAUACAGAGACUGAUGGCCAACCACAUGCUCAGGAAGUGCAUGCAAUUGAGCAACAUAAGUCAGCAAAGAAGGGGUCAAAGCAAUCAUCUAUGGACAAAUCAGAAAAAGUGGUAGAGAUAACUUCCCCUGAAGCUGAAGAGAAGGAGUGAUUUCUCAGAUGUUGAGGGUUAUUACAAGAUUGAGUUUCCCUUAACCUCACCAGUGAUUAAAUUGGAUUAUGUAAAUCCAUGUUUUAUUUGUGAUAGUAGACCUGACAAGUAGAAUAUAGUCAUUGGAAUUUAUGAUUUUGAAAUUUUUAGUUAACAGGAUUUCCAUUUCAUAAGAGAAUGAUGCCCAAAGUUGGACCUGCUGGAGGAACUAGUGACAUUUUCACUCAAUUAUUAUAAAAGAAAAAUCUACAUAAGUGAUAUAUAGGAGAGGCUGGGUGUUUAGUUUGAUGAUGCAUAGGCUACAUAGGUCUCUGGCAUUAAUGUUUUGGUUCAGAGGAAUGUUUUGAUUAUUUUCAGAAAAUUAUGUUGUUAUGGAUAACUUUUUUUUUCUCUUGUAUGUGUUGUGCAGUAUGUGAGGUGCUAAUACAACUAUGUUAUUUUUUGCUUUUGUUGUAUGUUGUUACGUGACUCUCAGAGGAUUUAAGCAUUCAGGUAGUUGCCUAAUCAUAUGAAACCUCAGGUUAAACAAAAUCAAGAUUUGUUUUUAUAUCAGAGUGCCAUUGGUCCUUAUAGUCCAGUAGACUAUCUUGAGUUGUUAUGGAGGAAGGUGAAUUGAGGUUUUUAUUAUUAUUAUUAUUAUUACUAUUACUAUUACUAUUAUUAUUAAGACCAGUCUUUUGCAUUAUAUGAAUUAUGAAUAUGUACAGAUGAUACAGAAUAUGGUCUGCAUGAUGACUGUCCAAACUAUAAGUACUAGAUUGUUUUGUUAUUUUAAAGAUAGAGUAUGUAUGCACCGUCUUUUUUUGAGUUCCACAUAUUUACAUGCACAUGGAUGCACAUGUGAACAUACAGGCAAAGACACACCCACCGCCCGCACACUAUGGCCACAUGCACAUAAUAUUUAUUGUUACUCUAACUACCUCUCUUUCUGGUGAAUGAGAGGCACACACACACAUACACACAUACAUACACACACAUACACACACACACACACACACACACACACACACACACACACACACACACACACACACACACACACACACACACACACACACACAC